UUCAUCAACGUUUACAUUUCCCGCCUAACCAGCCCUGCAGCCAUGGCGAGCACCGACUCAGCGCGUGUAGGGAAGGAAGAACUGCUGGCCAAGCUGGUGGAGAUGGGACUUGACUGUGAUACACAUGAACACCCUGAGGUAUUUACUGUAGAGCAGGCAAUUCCUCAUGUGUCACAUCUAGAGGGAAUGUUUGCCAAGAACCUGUUUCUCAGAGACAAGAAAAAGAAACUGUAUUUAUUCUGUGCCGCUCAUGAUGCUGACAUCAAAUUAAAUGACUUGGCUAAAGCAGUAAAGGCUCCAGGAGGGCUACGGUUCGCGGACGAGAGCAUCCUGUCUGACAAGCUUGGACUGCAGCAGGGAAGUGUCACUAUAUUUGGUCUGAUCAAUGAUAAAGUCAAGGAUGUGCAGCUGCUCAUGGACUCACGUUUUAUAGGGGACACUUACACCAGGCUCUAUUUCCAUCCAAUGACCAAUGCAGCAAGCACUGGUAUCUCACCUUCAGAUCUCAGCAAGUUCCUUGAAGCAGUGGACCACAAGCCUACCCUGGUGGACAUUGGUGCCAUACAGGCAGCAGACUAGGAGAGUGAGUCACAACUUCAUCUUCACUGGUUGUACAUCAAAACUCAAUGAACUGUUCCACUUUCUAAAAAUGACUUCUCCAAUAUAUAAAACCAGCCAAGAACCAUUACUUGUUAGUCUAUAUACAUGUAUUUGUCUGGGAAGAUAGGAUGCACUUAAUACACAAUUCAAACACAAAACUUGCUUCAGUAUGUAUCACGGUGGCACAGAUUCUCAAUCUCAUUCAUCCAAUUAUCUAUAGAUUUAUGUAUCCACCUGUCUCAAAUAGUUGCUAUGAUCAUUAUGUACUGGUUGAAAAUUAAUAACCUUGUUGUACCUUUUUUACCUCAUUGUAGAAGACCGGACCUGUGUCAUAAACAGUUGGCUGACUUGUUCAUCAAUGGCCAACAUGUUCUCAGGUAGCACAUGGAAAUCCUGUAAUUUGAUCUGUACAUGUCAGCCUGAAAGACUGCCUCAAACUUUGGGACCAUGAAUGAAGAUAUUUUUCCAUGUAUUUACACCAAGACAUGAUCAUGAUGUUGGACAUGACUUUUGAUUUUAAUGUUGAAUCAGAUCAAGAGACUUAAAGCAUAAUAUUCAUCAGAUCAUAUAUUCCUAAUGUGAUGUUUGGAUACUGUUGAGACUUGUUGCAUAGUUCUGUAUGAUUGGUCAAUGAUGGUAAGAUUCACUCAGAGCAAUAUCGCUACAUAUCAGGUCCACUAUACAUGUCAGCUGAACAUUUUGUGAUAGUUUAAAAAAUAUACCUUAUACAAAUGUGAUUAUGAUAUAUGGAGAAAACCCUAGAAAUAUUGCACAAUAAAUCAUAAAAACUUG